ACAACGACCGGUCGCUCCACGCGACCACUGUAUAAUGUCCGAUCCGCGUUUCUCCACCGACGUCCGACUACCGCUGUCUGUCUUUGCUUUUCAACGCCUCGAUAACGAUAAUAAUAACAACAGCCACGUUAAUUAUUGCCAACGAGGUCACAAUCGAAGAAUCCGUCGCCGAAACACCGAUCAAGACGGUCGUGCCAGCCGCCCUUGUUGCCGCCGCCUUGGAAUCAGAAAUGAAAAUCAAUCAUGCCAACAACGUUGAGGAAAUGGAAGGGACGCGAGCGGAAUCAACGUUCACGAUCGUGUCCAAAGGCACGAACACGUCAAAAGCCAACAAGAUCUUGGAAUGUCUAAAGACCAACAGGUUUCUGGUGUUCAUCCUCACGUCGGUCGCGUUCGGCAUUGCCUUGGGACUUGUAUUAAGGCCGUUAAAACUUAGCAGCGACACUAUCACGUUGAUCUCAUACCCCGGUGACCUAUUCUUGAGGACUCUGAAGCUGAUGGUGUUGCCGUUCAUAAUAUCGUGUUUAAUCAUAGGUGCCGCAAACUUGGAUAUAAGUAAAAACGGUAAAGUAGCAGUUAGGACCAUAGUGUACUUUGUACUUACUUCGGUGUUCAACGUUUGCCUGGGCUUGACAUUGGGCUUGCUCGUACAUCCGGGAAAUCCAAAUCUAAGAGGAACAAAUGCCACGUCAUUUUCCGGACCGAAAAAAAUGCAAAUCAUGGACGGAUUCCUCGACAUGGGAAGAAAUUUGCUACCGGAUAAUUUGUUUCAAGCUGCAUUUCAACAGACCCUGACCGAAUACGAAACGAUUAUGGGCCAAAACGGUAUGAACACAUUGAAAAAGGUCGUCAAGUACAAAGACGGCACGAACACGCUGGGCAUAAUUUUCUUUUGCCUGGUUUUCGGCACGAUUUUAGGCACCCUGGGCGAACGCAAACGACCGGUACUCAACUUCUUUACCGUUACCUACGAAGUUAUGCAAAAAAUACUUACCGGAGUAAUAUGGUUCACGCCCGUCGGAGUGGCCAGCGUCAUCGCCGGCAAGAUCAUAACACUGGCCGACCUCUACGGCACGCUCAUCCAGCUCAGCCUGUUCAUCAUGACCACCGUGGGCGGAUUCCUUUUCUACCAGCUGGUCGUCUUGCAGCUCAUUUACUUCUUCAUAAUCAAGAAGUCGCCGUGGCCGUACUACGUGUCUCUGGGCCCGGCACUGGCCACCGCUUUUGCCACGGCUUCCAAGUCGGCAUCACUACCCAUAACGUUCAAAGUGUUGGACGAAAGGUUGAAAAUGAAUCCAAAAAUCACCAAGUUCGUUCUACCGAUUGGCACCAUCAACAUGGACGGUUCAGCGCUUUACUUGAGCGUGGCGCUACUGUUCUUGGCGCAAAUAAACAAUUUACAAUUGGGCGUUGGUGAAAUAUUCACUAUUGGGUUGGCUUGUACCGCUGCCAGUAUGUCUUCAGCUGCCAUCCCGUCUGCGGCCAUUGUUCUCGUUGUAAUGCUGUGCAGUGUCAUCAACGUGCCCACCGAAGACGUUUCAUUGCUGUUCGCCGUCGACUGGCUCGUUGACAGGUUCAGGACCACUAACAAUCUAAUAGGAGACUGUUACACCGUGGCCAUCGUCCAACAUUUGUCCAAAAACGAACUCGAGAACGAUUAUCCGGAAGAAAAAGACAUCGAAGAAGCUCACGUUAACGGCACGUUUGUCAUGCAGGAACAGCCGUUGCCCAAUCCCAAUUGUACCAACACACCAGUGUGACCAACCGAAUACACAAUGUUUUGUCGAUGCCUUUACAAUAUGUUAAAUUUAAUUUUAACUCGAGUAUUAUAUUUUAUACGGUUAAUUUUGUCGUUUGAUAUAUAUAUAUAUAUAUAUAAUUAUUAGUGUAUAAUUAUUAGUGCGUUAAGACUAUUUUUGUAUGUGUUUUGUAUAUUUUUUUUUUUUUUAACGAGCCGCGCAGUUGGCUUGACUCGAGUUUUUAUUGAUAAUUUGUUUCAAGUUAAAUAAAAUAUUAAUUAUUAAUUACCCAGUAAACAUUGAGAUAUUAUAGUUUAUGACUCUAGUCAUGUGUUAAACUUAUUGUACUAUUGUGGUGUUCUCGAAACACAGAGAUAUCGCGUCUAACACUGAAAAAUUACAAUAUUAUAAUAUACAUGUAAUAAUUAUUAUUAUAUUAAUUGUUAAGACCUGUUAAACA